GGAGGGAAGGUAUGGCAGAUUCCUGCUCCUGAGAGAUGUCACAGCUGAGCCUCUCCUGGCUGGGACUGGGGCCUGAGGUGGCCUUCCCAUGGCAGACCCUGCUACUGCUUGGGGCCUCCUGGAUCCUGGCCCGAAUUCUGACCCAGAUCUACGCUGCCUAUAGGAACUUUCGUCGCCUCCGUGGCUUCCCUCAGCCCCCCAAACGGAACUGGCUUAUGGGUCAUGUGGGCAUGGUCACUCCUACAGAGCAGGGCUUGAAGGAAUUGACUCGGUUGGUGGGUACCUACCCCCAAGGCUUUUUGAUGUGGAUUGGGCCAAUGGUCCCCGUUAUUACUCUGUGCCACUCUGACAUCGUCCGAUCUAUCCUCAAUGCCUCAGCUGCCGUUGCGCUCAAGGAUGUGAUAUUCUACAGCAUCCUCAAGCCUUGGCUGGGGGAUGGGCUCCUGUUGAGUGCUGGUGACAAGUGGAGCCGCCACCGCCGCAUGCUGACACCUGCCUUCCACUUCAACAUCCUGAAACCCUAUGUGAAGAUUUUCAACGACAGCACCAACAUCAUGCAUGCCAAGUGGAAACGGUUGAUUUCAGAAGGCAGUUCCCGUCUGGACAUGUUUGAGCACGUCAGCCUCAUGACUCUGGACAGUCUGCAGAAAUGUGUCUUCAGCUUUGACAGCAACUGCCAGGAGAAGUCCAGUGAAUAUAUUGCUGCCAUCCUGGAGCUCAGUGCCCUAGUGGCCAAAAGGCACCAGCAGCCUUUGCUGUUCAUGGACCUGCUGUACAAUCUCACCCCUGAUGGGAUGCGCUUCCGUAAGGCCUGCAACCUGGUGCAUGAAUUCACGGAUGCCGUCAUCCGGGAGCGGCGCCACACCCUCCCAGAUCAGGGUUUGGAUGAGUUUCUCAAGUCUAAGGCCAAGUCCAAGACGUUGGAUUUCAUUGAUGUGCUGCUGCUGACCAAGGAUGAAGAUGGAAAGGAGCUGUCAGAUGAGGACAUCAGAGCGGAGGCCGACACCUUCAUGUUUGAGGGCCAUGACACCACAGCCAGUGGCCUCUCCUGGAUUCUAUACAACCUGGCGAAGCACCCAGAAUACCAGGAGCGCUGCCGGCAGGAAGUUCAGGAGCUUCUGAGGGACCGAGAUCCUGAGGAGAUUGAAUGGGACGACCUGGCCCAGCUGCCCUUCCUGACCAUGUGCAUCAAGGAGAGUCUGCGGCUGCACCCCCCAGUCACGGUCAUCUCCCGAUGCUGCACCCAGGACAUUCUGCUCCCAGAUGGCCGGACCAUCCCCAAAGGUAUCAUCUGCCUCAUCAGUAUCUUUGGAAUUCAUCACAACCCGUCUGUGUGGCCGGACCCUGAGGUCUACAACCCCUUCCGCUUUGACCCUGAAAACAUCAAAGACAGCUCACCUCUGGCAUUUAUUCCCUUCUCGGCGGGGCCCAGGAACUGCAUAGGUCAGACUUUCGCCAUGAGCGAGAUGAAGGUGGCACUGGCACUAACACUGCUGCGCUUCCGACUCCUACCGGACGACAAGGAACCGCGCAGGCAGCCAGAGCUGAUCCUGCGCGCCGAGGGCGGGCUGUGGCUGCGGGUGGAGCCGCUGAGCGCGGGCGCACAGUGACCUCACAGUUGGUCUGGAGCCCCCCCACCAUCCUACCUCUGAGGAUCCCAGAAUGAACAGAACUGUCACCCAUACCAGAAUCUUACGGAGGGCCAGCAGGGGGCGCUGUGAAUCCAGUGAGUGGGUGAGAGAGGCCAGUUAGUGUCUGAGCCAAAGACCUUUGACUUAGUCUAACUGAUCGCCAGCCUUUUAUGAUAAGGUGCAUUCUCCUCCAACCAACCUGGACUAUUCUCUGGACAAUAGGAAGCCAAAGAAACGUCUGAGCAAGAGACCAGAACGAAAGGCAAAUUUGAGCUCUGAUUCUCGCAGCAAAUCCCUUAUUCAGCUCCAUUUCCAUUAUUUUGACCUACAUUCUAAUCAUCUAAUAAAUAAAUUCUCUCACCUCGGAAUUACUUUUCUGUGGGCACUAAAUUACUGUGCUUAUUAAACCAUAAGACCGGCAA